GCGUGCCACCUGGCGGGGGGCAGCGCGGGGCUGGUGCCCAGCCAGCUGCUGGAGGAGAAACGCAAGGCCUUUGUCCGGAGGGACGGGGAGGUGGCCCCCCCCACUGGUACCCUCUGUGGCAGCCUCAGCAGCAAGAGGAAGAAGAGGAUGAUGUACCUGACGACGAAGAACGCUGAGUUCGACCGCCACGAGCUGCUGAUCUACGAGGAGGUGGCCCCCAUGCCCCCCUUCCGCAGGAAGACGCUGGUGCUGCUGGGGGCGCAGGGCGUGGGGAGACGCAGCCUCAAGAACAAGCUCAUCAUGUCAGACCAGGCUCGUUAUGGCACCACCAUCCCCUACACGUCGCGGAAGCCGAAGGAGAGCGAGAGGGAUGGGCAGGGCUACCGGUUCGUGUCGAGGGGGGAGAUGGAGGCGGAUAUCAGGGCGGGGCGGUACCUGGAGCACGGCGAGUACGAGGGGAACCUCUACGGCACCAAGAUCGACUCCAUCCGGGCCGUGCUGGGCGCCGGCAAGAUGUGCAUCCUGGAUGUCAACCCCCAGGUGAGGGGACACACCCCGAGGGGGGUGGUGGUGCAGAAGGGGCCGGGGCAGGAGGAGGUGCAGAUCUUUGCCCCCAUCGUCAUCUCCGACGCCGGCAUCUUCAACACCUUCAACAAGCUGCUGCCCCCCCCUCUCCGCAGCCUCCCAG